AUGUUCCAGUGCAACAUAAUCAGAUGGGUUGCCAUCCUUCUCGUAGCCAAACUCUUCUUUUUCAUCGUCACAAUAGAUGGUUUUUUUCCCGUUCGAAUCGGCAUUUAUUCCAUUCUUUUUCAGCUAAAACUACUCCGGCCGUCUCGAAGUACAAGACAAUGUUACCGUUGGACAAUCUGAGUCUGAGCGUCUCCCAAACCCGUUUCAAGUGAGACCGCAUCGCCUUCCUAUGGAUUGUUUUGCAAUUUUCAGCCGGCUCGCAAUCGGAGGGUCAAUAAACUACUUGUUUUCCUUGAUCAACCUCAUCCUCGGACUUGUCAAUUUUUACUUUAUUUUCGGAAAAGUAGGGAACGAAUCGAUUCGAUUGUUGACGAAUCGCAUCUUUUUCAGUACCGCACGCGCCUCCGCCAAACGACUGGAAAACUGGAAGCGGCGAGCACUGAGAUGUCUAAACGGGAAAUGCAUCCGAAGAUCAAGAGUCGGUGGUCCCCAGCCGUUGCGUUCGCGCUCAAAAUUGUGCUUUUUCAGUGACCCUUUCUAGGGUGUUCCAGCCGGAAGGUGUCCCUCUCGAGACGCUGCUGCCCUUGCUCAAAGAGCCCAGUCCUCUUUUCGACGGGAGCAACGGUUUGCUGGAUGGACAGAAAGAGGCGCGUCUCCGGAAUCUGAAAGCCAAGGAGAAGGAGGGCGAUGAGAAAAAGAAGAAAAAUAAGAGCAAGUCUCCGAGUCCGGCAUCGACCAACGACACAGGCGGCUCAAGUGCCAUGCAGUCGACUCUUUCCGAAGUGAAAAAGACCAAAUGA